GCCGCUGGUUCUUGCAUGUGCUGCGCUCCCCCAGCUCGGAGCGUCUCUCUGCAGUGGGUGGGCUCGGAUUGCAUUAGCAAACAAAAUAGGUUUUAAUCUUGUAAUAUUAUCUGUGCGACGAAACAGAUCAUUGUCACAGGUUUGAAACACUGUAACCAGGUAGUAUGUCAGCUGUGGUAUUAGAGAAAUAUGGCAAGCAGAGUGACAACACAAGUGAUGCACAUGUACCCAGGGGGAAGAUUAUUUUCUUUUUUGCCUAAUUUUUUCCCUGCUGCACUUUUGAAGAUAAAUUAUUUGAGAUUCAGCACUUCCAGUCAUGAGUGUUCAACUGAGAUAAUCCAAAAACCAGAAAAUGGAGUUUUAAUAAACAAUUUGACCGUUAUGGGUGUAGAUAUUAAGAUGGCCAGGAGGAGACAGCCAGGAGUGUUGAGAAAAUUGAUUACACAUGAAAAAUGUGUUGCAGAAUUCUUGAGAAGUAAAGGUGCCAAUAAUAAAACCAUUGCCAGUAUUAUUUCAAGAUACCCUCGAGCUAUUACACGUUCCUAUAGCCACCUUGAAGAAAGAUGGCAAUUGUGGCAAAGUAUUUUUAAGACUGACUCUGAGAUCAUAAAUAUCAUUCAGCGUUCUCCAGAAUCAUAUUUUCGUUCAAGUGAUAAUGAAAAUCUUGGAAAAAAUAUUAGUUUUCUUUGUUCUCUUGGUUUGACCGCAGAUGAUUUGCAUCGUAUGUUGACUACUGCUCCACGAACAUUUUCAAACAGCUUGGAACUAAACAAGCAGAUGGUAACAUUUCUGCAAGAUCUCGCUGUUAGUUUGGGUGUUGAAAAUCCAUAUGAAUUUGUUAAACGGAUCAUUACUAAAAAUGCCUAUGUACUUAUAAGAAGCACUAAACGGAUAAAAACAAAUGUAGAAUUUUUCACAGAAGCACUUAAACUAAGCAACAGUGAACUCAUAAAACUACUUCAAGGGCAUGGUGGUGAGGUUUUGGACCUUUCCAGUGACUACAUGAAAAGAAAUUUCAUAAAUAUGAGUGAGCAGUUACGGUCAUUAGGGUGCACACCUGAAGAAGUGAAGAAAUUUUUCAUUGACUAUCCACCAGCAUUUUAUGCUUCUUCUGAAAAAGUUUCCAACAAAAUAGAUUGUCUCCUGGAAAAGGAAAUUAAUAUUAAGCAAUUAUUAAAGAAGCCCAGAGUAUUGGAAUUCAGUGCAGAGAAUUUGAAAAAUCGCAUAAAGGAAUUGGAAAGGGUCGGAUAUGACUUUAGAAAACAUGGCAUUACAAUUUUGGAUUCCAGUAGAAGACGAUUUGAAGCAAAAUUAAAGAAGCUAAAUGGAGACGGAUAAAUUUGGUCCUCUGCAAUAUUGUAUCUUAUCGAAUAAAUCUUAAAUAACUUCUUUGGUUACAUUAUUUUUAAAAUAAAUUUGGUUCUUUGAUUUUUUUUAUAUUGUACACCUGAAAUGCUGGGUGGUGUAUAAAUUAAAAAAUUAACAUUUUUUUGUAUUGAUAACUCAUUUGUUAGCUGAUGUUGUCGAAUACUGAAAAUGUUUCUAAUUAUCAGCAGAGAUUAUUUUACACAUUCAUUUAUGUGUUAAAAUAAACCUGAAUUUGUGAAGUCAUUCAAGUACUCCUACCAUGUACUGAACACUACUUUGCAGCCAUCUAAUGAAAGUCUUAAGUAAUGCAGCAAGGGAGGUAAUGUUAUCCCUGAAACAGAACUGGGAAUCGCUCUCCAAGUGAUGAUGAUAUAAACUCUGCAGUACACGUGCCCAAACCUUUGGUUUGGGAAGCCCUUUUCACGUUGAAGCAGAAAACUACAGUCUGAAGUUGUGCAUGGAAGAAACUGCUGGGUUGCAAAUGAUGCCAAACGAUGUACAAUAUUUGAUGUCAUCUGUAAAAAAAAAUUUACUGUACAUGUGAAGCGAGCAAGAGGAUUAAAAAGGACUUAACUAGAGGACCAAGGUCUACUUUGCCAUUGGUUCAGCCUGCCUGGGCCACUGCCAGAGAUGUGUCUUUCUUAACUUUCUAUUGUUACUAUCCAUUCCCCUCCAUUUUCACUGCUGAUAUCCUAAUCCCUUCCCAUUAUCAAUAUGAUUUCCCUGCUCCCUCUCCCAAUCAUCCUGGCCUCAACUCCUAUAUCAUUGGUUGACACAAUUUUAACGGCAAGGAAAAUUGAGGAAAAGGUUAAAGGGAAGGAAAGCGCAGGAGGGUCUCCAGAAUAAAAAAAGGACAGAGUUUAGAAAGGGUUAGGAAUGCAACUUCAGGCAACACAAGAAUGAUUUUGAGAAGGGAGGUGGUGAAUACAGGACUGAGGGUGUUGUAGUUGAAUGCAUGCAGUAUACAUAAAUUAGUUUACAGUGCAGAUUGAAAUUGGUAUGAGGUCGUGGGCAUCAUGGAGAUGUGGCUGAAAGAAGAUCAGGGCUGGGAGUUAAACGUACAAGAGUACACAUCCUAUCUAGCCAGGCAGUGGGCAGAAGGGGAGGGGUUGCCUGUUGGUAAAAAGUGAAAUUAAAUCGACACCAAGAAGCAAUAUAAGAUUAGAAGGUGGAGAAUCUUUGUGGGUAGGGUUGAGGAACCGCAAAGGUAAAAAGACCCUGAUGGGAGUUAUGUACAGGCCUCUAAAUAGUAGUCAGGAUGUGGGGUACAAAAUACACCAAGAGAUAGAAAAGGCACGUGAGAAAGGCAAUGUUACAUUGAUCAUGGGAGACUUUGAUAUGCGGGUAGACUGGGAAAAUCGGGUUGGUAGUGGACCGCCAGAAAAGGAAUUUGUGGAAUGUCUAUGAGAUGGCUUUUUAGAGCAGCUUGUGGUAGAACCCACUAGGGAACAGGCAAUUCUGGAUUUGGUGUGUAAUGAGGCAAACUUGAUCAGUGAGCUUAAGGUGAAAGAACCCUAAGGAGGGAGUGACCAUAAUAUGAUAGAAUUCACCCUGCAGUUUGAGAGAGAGAAGCUGAAAUCUGACAUAACAGAUUACAGUUGAAUGAAGAUAACUACAGAGUCAUGAGGGAGGAGCUGGCCAGAGUGAGGAAGUGAAGGGUUAAGAAUUGCAACCAUACCUAUAGCUGGCAAACAAAAUAUAUAUAUAUUUUUUUGCAUUUAUAUUUCUUUAGCAAGGACUAGCAAACUGCUGACCCACUGGUUAGGUUGGAAUGUUAAGUAUGUUAACUGCCUUUGUUUCGGGUAACGAACCAUUCCGAUAUGUCAGACGGUGGCGAUACUGAGUGUAAUUAACAUCGAGGUAAAGACUUGGUUUGAACAAUGAAAGGUGAUACCUGCCUUUGAAAGCCUUGACUAUAACUCAAUUAUACUAAGACAAAAGGUGUGAUAGCUGUCUCGAGAUCUCUAUAGCUUGACCGAAACUCGCAGCACCGUUUGCAUGGGAUGUGUGUGACAAUUCCUGUAUAAAUGUCUGUCUGCCCUUUGUUUGGGGAGAACUCGGGAAGUGACUCUUAGUGAGUGCUGAAGAGAAUU